AUGAACAAAUCCAGAUUUUCCAUGUUGUUAUUGGAGCCUGGCGAAAUAUAUUUUGAAGAUUAUUCAUGUACAAUGAAUAUGAUAAAAAUGAAAACUGAAUGUGGACUGCAAGGCCGGUUAAAGCUUUGUUCGAAAUCACUAGUUUUCGAACCUAUAGAUUGGGUUAAUCCAUUAAUUAAGUUGCAUUUUAAAGAGUGUACUGCCAUAGACACUAUACAAAAUAAAAAUUCAAAUGAGUCAAAUAUGAUUCAAGUUAAAGUCAAACAAUACUCGGAAAUGUUGGAGGAAAACAUUUUAGCACCAUAUAAAUUUGUAUAUGAAAGUAUGGAUUUCUUUUUUAAAUUUGAUUUUGCAUCUGCUGAUGAAUGCUUGCAUCAAAUGCAGCAACUGUUAAGGGCAUCCACACUACAUGCUCCAGAACACAAUAGUAUGGUAGCUACAAUUCUCCAUUCUCGGUACACUAGAAUGGUUUUUGAUCCAAUUAUGAUGGAAGAUUUUACAGAGAAAAUUAUUUGUGAAUUCCAAACUGAAAAAAUAUCUCCAUUAGUCAGACAUCAAGGGAAACUUGCAUUGACACCCACCACUCUUUACUUUCAGCCUUUCAGUAAUGUUGAAAAUAGCCCUAUUCUGAAGAUGAAGCUCGAACAUAUGAGAAGGAUAUAUAAGAGAAGAUUUUUACUAAGGCAAGUUGGCCUUGAAAUAUAUUGUUCAGAAGAAAGCUCAGUAUGUCAUAUUUAUUUAGCGUUUCAAAGUGAGAGAGAAAGAGACAGAGCGCACCAAAUACUGGAAGAAUCUCCUAACAUUGCAUUAGAACGAGUGCACAUAGAAGAAAUGACACUGCAGUGGCAAAAUGGUGUUGUCUCUAACUUUGACUACUUGAUGUAUUUAAAUUGCCUUGCAGAUAGAAGUAAAAAUGAUCUCACUCAAUACCCUGUAUUCCCAUGGGUGAUAGCAGAUUAUACUUCAGAAAUACUGGACAUGGAAUCUGCUCAGACGUUUCGAGACUUAUCCAAGCCAAUGGGAGCCUUAAAUCCUGAUAGAUUGGAGAAACUGCUGGAGAGGUACCAUGAAAUGUCAGACCCUAAAUUUUUAUAUGGGUCUCAUUAUUCUGCACCUGGUCUGGUCUUAUUUUAUUUAGUACGAAAAUAUCCUCAUUACAUGCUGUGUCUACAAAAUGGAAGAUUUGACCAUCCAGAUAGAAUGUUUAAUUCUGUGAAAGAUGUUUACAACAAUUGUUUGAAGAAUAUGUCUGACUUUAAAGAAUUAGUCCCCGAAUUCUAUGACACUUCAGCAAAGGGAGAUUUUUUAGUAAAUAUAUACAAUAUUGAUUUUGGGGAUCGACAUGACGGUAGUAAGGUGGACAAUGUGAAUCUUCCUCCUUGGGCCUUAUCCCCAGAGGAUUUUGUAACCAAACUCAGGGAAGCUUUGGAGUCCGAGUAUGUUUCUAGAUAUUUACACUUAUGGAUUGAUCUUAUAUUUGGUUAUAAGCAAAGAGGAAAAGAGGCGGAGAAAGCUUAUAAUGUGUUCCAUCACGUCUGCUAUGAAGGAUCCGUUGAUCUUGAAUGUAUUUACGAUAUGAACGACAGACACGCUCUUGAGGUUCAAAUAAUGGAGUUUGGUCAAGUACCCAAGCAAUUGUUCACUAAACCUCACGUCAGGAAGAUAUUACCGACAAUCCUAAGACCGUUAUCAAAUAAAGGCUAUGACAAUCACGAAUACAGUAUGAAAUGUAUAAAUACUAUAACAUUACAUAAAGAAGCAGUGACGUCAGCACUACGUACUGGUGAUAUAAUAGUAUCGGUGAGCAAGGAUGGUACUCUGAAAGUAUAUAAUAUGGUCCACAUGAAGCAAAUAAGGAGUGUUAUACUGUGUUCAACACCUUUAAGCUCGUGCGUUAUGGUUGAUCAGAAUAUUGUUGCUGCUGGAUCAUGGGAUAAUGAAAUUUAUUUGUAUGAUGUUGAAUAUGGUCGGAUUGUUGAGAGUUUUAGAGCGCACGACGAUUCGGUCAGCUGUUUGCAGUGGCUUUCUAAAGAUCAUUUAUUGGUAUCCGGAGGAUGGGACGGCGUGGUGCGUGUAUGGGGGAACGUGGGCAAGACGGGACAAGCUCUACGCGGACUGAAGGCGGAAUUCGACCAUGAUGGCAAAAUCACCUCUAUCGCCUUUAGAUAUAGGAGACAUAUCCUCGACAUAUUGGCGGGAACGUCGGAUGGUGAAAUAUUUAUUUGGAAUUAUUCUACAAAGGAGCUUAUAAACAAAAUCAAUAUUCACACGUCAGAUGUGACCGGCGUGAGUCUGUUGUGCGAAGACAGGAUUGUUACAACAAGCGAGGAUGGCACUUUGAGCGUUACGGAUCUCAGUGUUUUAAACUCGGUGUAUGAAAAACAAGUGUCUGCAACAAUAAGCUCUGUUUGUUGUGACGGCACCUGUGUGUGGCUCGGGGGUAGCUCGGGGACCCUGCUGCAGUGGAACAUGACUACUGUAGCACAACUGAGCGAAGAUCAAGCACACGAUGAUUUAAUCCAGAGUAUACACUUCGAUUACCCUUCAAAGACUCUUAUCACGGCAAGUAAUGAUAAAUCGAUUAAAGUGUGGCAACUAACACAGAGAUCCUGACCUAUUGUUAUUUACUAUUAUUUCAGUAUUAUUACGGCAAAUCUAUUUUUUUUAUAGCUGUAAUUUCAAAGUAUUCGAGUAUUUUGUAAAAAUAGAGAUGUUCAUGACUUAUGUAUACCUGUAUAAGGACAAUAAAGUGAUAUUAAAUUAGAA